CUGGCAAGCUUUUAUUACUUGGUCCAGCCGGUGGAGUAAAGUAGGAGUUGAAAAAUAUAAACAAUAUUAAACAAUUUAUUGAUUCCUUUUUUUGCUAAAUAGCACAUUAUAGAAGACAUAUUUUACAAAAAUAUGUUACAUAAAAAUAUCUGUAAUUAAUAUUUGUGUGCAUGUUUUUUUUUGAUUCAUUUAACGCUGCUUGGAAAUUUCGUUUGGAUAAAUGACAAACGCUUGCUAAUUGGUUGUUGCUGCUAAAAUUUCUAAAUGUAAAUUUCAUGGCAGACUAUUUUCUGCAGUCACAAAACGAGUUAGAUGCUGAAAAGCAACCCAAUUCAGGACUCUGUUGCUGCGAAUAUAUAGAUCGUCAUAACAAGCGUUAUCACAUUGUCAGCUGCUGCUGCGACUGUGAAGACUUUGACAAAGUAUUUACUAAUUGGUUGACUUGUCGACCCAUCGAUCGCACGCGACAACGCAAUAUGUUGUUGACUUUUCAGGACCGUUUACGUAUACCAUGGCAUGGGGGCGCAAAACAAGUGACAUUAGAUAGUAUUGCACCCAUAUUUGUUAUACCGCUACUAAUCAGUUUGGCGGCCAUCAAUGCAUACACUUGCAUUGUGAUAUUUUUGGCAACUUCUGUGAUAAUUUGUUAUGCUUUCAAUUACGUACAGCGUAGAGCAGUGCGUACAAGCUUCUUCAGUAUGUGGAUAAUUUCGUCUUUACUUUAUUUAAUAUUAUUAUUUGAAACGACUGGCCCACUACUAGAGGUGCUACCGGAAGAAAAUUUGGCUUUAGUGGUGCUGUCUAUAGUUACGUCGGUUAGUUUUUGGCAGGCACGUAAGCGUGCCACUUUAAAUAAUGUCGUGCAAACUGUCGUUGGCGUUGGCAGCGAGCUGCCAGACAUUACCGAAACCAGCGCUAAUGAGGAGGAUGAUGCAGAGCAAACAACUUUAUUGAUCGAGCAAGAUUUGGAGGAUAUACAAACGACGAUUGAUGAUGCCAGCGGUAAUCAGCCAAACCGCUGUGCAACCUGUCGUAAGAGUGUGCCCGCCAGAACUGCACAUUGCCCACUUUGUAGGGUUUGCAUUAGGCGUUAUGAUCACCAUAGUUAUUGGCUAAAUUGCUGUAUUGGCGAAAAAAAUCACCGCCUCUAUAUUGUUGGCCUAAUUUUUGCAAUUUUUGCGCUUUUAUUGGGCGCUGAUUUGAUACUAACGGCAGUGUGCCAUCCAUUUAAAGCCGUUAAUAUUUUUGGUCUACAAAUUUUGCUACCAGACGAUUGUACUGGCGUUUUCGACAUGUAUGAAUUGGGCUUAGCCUAUGUGCUCGCUGUUUAUGCAUUACUUAUAACCGCUUGUAUGGUGGCGGUACUUGUGCGACAGUUAUAUUUAAUAUCGCGUGGCAUAACAAUGCAUGAGUACAAGCGUGGAAUGCGUGGAAAUAACAAAACAGUGAAAUAUAAUUGGAAGAAUUUUAUACUCUAAAAUUUAACAAGACAAAAAAAUUUGUGAACGGCACAAUUUAAACGCGAAAACACAGCAAGUGCGAUGUAAACAAAACAUAAAAAAAAAACAAAAAAUAGUAUUUUGCUUCAUCUUAAUUGCAUUAAAAUUAAAAAUAAUUCCUCGUAUGAAAAUUAAUUAUUAAAAACAAAAAAAGAAUAUAAUUCAUAUUACUGCAUAGCAACACUGACUAGUAUUUUUUCUUAGUGCGUGUAUUAAUUUUGUGCACUUUAAACUGCUUUCAAAUAAUACGAGUUGCGUAUAAUCGACAAAGCGAUUAACGAACUUUUUGAAUUAGUAGCAAAUAAGUGAUUUGAAAUAAAUUUAAACUAUGUAAAAACAUA